AUGACAAAGAAAAGAAAACGCACAUCCAAAGUGUGGGAUGACUUCAAAGAGAUCACUGAUGUGAAAGGAAAUGUGAAAGCCGAAUGCAUUCACUGCAAGACACGGCUAUCAGUCAACAAGACUGGUUGUACAACUCACUUGGCUAGACAUAGUGCCAAAUGCACUGCUAAACAAAUUCACAGCACGAAAGGCCAACAAAAUAUCAGCAUCACAAUGUCUAUGGCUCAGAAGGAAGCGGUGAGCUCUGUCACUAAUUUUAAGUAUGACCACUCAAAGAUCAGAGAUGUACUUUCACACAUGAUUAUUGUGCAUGAGCUCCCAUUUCGAUUUCCUGAAUAUGAGUUAUUUAAUUUGUUGAUGAAGAGCGCCACUCCCCUAUAUAAUAAGAUUAGUCGUGCAACAACAAAGAAGGAUUGUUGGGCCUCUUAUGAGUUGGAGAAGAAGAGAUUGAUGAACGAAUUGAAAAGUGUUAGUAGAGUAAGUGUGACUACAGACCUUUGGACAUCGGAUCAAAAUAUUUCAUAUAUGGUUGUCACAGGUCACUAUGUGGAUUCAAAUUGGAAUUUACAAAAGCGCACUUUGAACUUUUGUGAUAUUCCACCACCACAUACGGGAGUCGUGAUAAGUGAUGUGCUGCAAAGAUGCUUUCGAGAGUGGGGUAUUGAGGAAAAAGUUUGGACAAUCACUGUGGAUAAUGCUUCCAACAAUGAUGUAGCUAUUCGGAUAUUGAAAGAAAAUCUCUUGUUCAGACACACUUUACCUCUUGGUGGUCAAAUAUUUCACGUGAGAUGUUGUGCGCACAUUCUUAAUCUUUUGGUCAAAGAUGGAUUAUCUUCUAUUCAGGAUGUGAUCUCCAAAGUGCGUGAAAGUGUGAAGUAUGUGGCAGCAUCAGAGGCACAUGUGAUCAUGUUCGGUGAAAUUGCAAAGCAGUUGGAAUUAUCUUCGAAGAAGCUUGUCUUGGAUUGUGUAACAAGAUGGAAUGCAACAUAUUUUAUGUUGUCAUGUGCUUUGGAGUUCAAAGUUUUUCCAAGAUAUCAACAAAGGGAUCCUUCAUAUACUACAUUGCCGAGUGAGGAGGAAUGGGAGAAAGUGCGCAUUGUUUGUUCUUUCCUUGAAGAUUUUCAUGAGAUCACUGUACUCAUCUCAUGUUCUGAGUACCCGACAGCCAAUCUUUUCUUGGUCAAACUUGUUCACAUAAAGUCACUAUUGACUUAUGAGAGUUUAGAUAAAGAUUCAGCGGCUGUUUUAGAUCCUAGAAAUAAAAUGAAGUAUAUUGAGUGGUGUGCUGACAAUUGCUAUUCUGGAGUGGAAGGGAUUGAACUUAAAGUAACAGUUUUUGAGACAUUGCGAAACUUGUAUGCUGAAUAUGUAGAGGCUUAUAGAGUUAGUACUAGUACUACUAAUAUUGUGAGAAAUGCUAGUGAUGCUCAAACAGGAAGUUCUAGCAAUGUUAGUGGUGUUAGUAGUGUGAAAUCUGUCGGACUUUGA